AUGGUCAUCAAGACAGAUCUGUGCAACUACACAGAGUACAGGAUCUAUCCCGGACAUGGUCAGAAGUUUGUGGCGAAGGAUGCCAAGGUCAACUUUUUCAUUUCUGCCAAAGCAGACUCGCUGUACCACCAGCGCAUCAAGCCAGUGAAGCUCCGCUGGACUCAAGCCUGGCGUCGGCAGAACAAGAAGGGCAAGGUCGAGGAGGGCGGCAAGAAGAAAGCCCGGAAGGCCCAGAAGUUCCAGAAAGCUAUCGUCGGUAUGUCUCUGGAUGACCUCAAGAAGAAGAAGGCGAUGAGGCCCGAGCUGCGCCAGGCAAGGGAGCAGGCUGCGAAGGAGGCCAAAGCCAAGCAGCAGGCGGACAAGAAGAAGGCCGCCUCCAGCAAGCCCGCUGUGCCCAAGGGGAAGGCCGACAAGGGCGCGAAGCUGCCCAAGGGCGGAGGAGCGCCUGCCGGCGGCUCCAAGAACUUCAAGGGCAAGAAGUGA